CAUCCACUAAUUACGUAAACUGCAACAGCAACAUUGGACGACGGUUAAACAUUUAACGCCAUCUCUAAUAAAAAAUUUGUUCUGGAAGGUGUACCGUUUAUGAAUUAACCUUACUUUUACGUUCACGAUUUCGAAAUGGCUCUCGUAGGAAAAGAUAGUGGAAAUAAUGCAACAGUUCCGCGAGGAAUACCGAAAUCAGGCCGAUUUUGGAAAUCGGAAAAAAAGAAAUUUUCAACUAUUAUAAAAACUAGAGGUAUCAAAAGCACACUUCAAAAAAGAAAACUACUUAAGGAGAAACGGGACAAAGUAAAGGAAUCAUCCAAUGCAAUUAAACAGGCAAAGCAACAAGAAAAGGAAUUGAAUAAGCAAAGAAGACGUGACAAUAUUCAUAGACGUGAAGAAAAUAGGAAGAAAUCAGAGGUAUUUCAAGUAAUAACAAACUCGAAGAAGUUAAAGAAAAUGAAAAAGAAGCAACUCCGAUAUAUUGAAAAACGGGACACCACAGUCCUGAAAAAUAAUUAAUUUCCUUUAUUUGUUGUUUAAAUUGUAACCCCUCCAACUAUUCACUUAAAAUGGGUUUUCUUCAUUGGUUUCAUAUUUCUAUAAUGGAAUUUUCUAUCAAAAAGAGUUCUGAAAUAGAUUAUUAAAGGAAUUUAUGAUUUUA